UAAAAAAUGCAUUCGUUAUAUCCAUUGAUUAAUUCCAUGUUUGUCUUAUUGUUGUUGAUGACAAUUGUCUUAUUGAUGGUAAUUGUCGAUGCACAUCAUGAAGUAAUUCAUCCAAAAGGAAAUUCCAUUAUCUAUGAUGAAAGAGCGAUACCAUUUGUGGAUAAUUUUGAUUUCAAACGUAUUCCACAAUCAUUAUCAUCAUCAUCAUCAUCAUCAUCGAUGAGGGAUAAUCAAAAUCCGACCAUUGUUAUGUCGGAAUCCGGAUCACAUUCUUCAUCAUCAUAUCCAAAAUCAAUUAAUGAUAAAAUUAAAUCCGUUCUUGUCACUAGUGCUACAUCGGAAACAGCUGAUCGUGAACGUUUCUAUCAACAAGUGAUACCAAAAUUAACAUCAAUGAUAUUCAGUACAAGACCAUCGAUAUUGAAUAAUAAUGAAGAAACUGUUGUACAAUAUCGUAGUCCAACGGUUACAAAAAUGUUACCAUCGAAUUAUCCACCACCAACUGUUCCAACUAUAAGACUGAAUUCACUCAAUCCAUCGCAUCGAUCAAUGCCAUCAACGUCGACAAUGACCAAACGAAUGAUUGAUCCAAAAACAAUGCAAAUAAUAACCAAUUUACCACCACAACAACAACAGCCAUGGCGACCAAUGCAAAGUAAACAGAAACGUGUUCAUAAAAAAUUACCAAUAAUAACAGCAACAACACCUAUACCAUUAUCAUUAUCAUCAUCGCCAUCACCACCACGUGAAACAUAUAUGACAUUAUCGUUUGAAGAAUCAUCAUCCAAAGAUGAACCAAAAACUUAUUCAUCAAAUGAAUCACGUUAUUAUCUUCAACAACAACAUCGACAACAACACUAUGGUCGUAAAGCAAAAGAACCUUUAUCAUCAUCAAUGAUGAAUAAUCCUAAACGAAAUACACAACAACGUCAACAAGGUCGUCGUUCAAUAAUGACAUCAUCAAUGCCUAAUAGUAAAGUUAUGACCUAUUAUCAACAAUCAUUUCGUUCUACGGAUCCAAUGAAUUCAUCAUCAGGUUCAAUAUUGAAAGAAUCAAAUGAACAACAACCGCAUCGAUCAUCAUUUAAAUCAUCAAGACAUCAAUCAUCAUCGCCACCACAAUCAUCAAUGGCAUUAACAUUUCAUGAUCCAAAUGGAGCAAUAAUACGAUCAUCACAAGCAUCAUCAUCAUCAUCAUCGAUGAAAUUAAAUCAACCAACAACAAUAGAUGAUCAACAAUUUGAUUGGAAAAAAUCUAUCUCAAAAUAUGCAAAAGAAUUUGGUUUUGAAACACCAUUUUGGAAUCAAAUGGAUACAUCUAAUGGUGCGAAUGAUGAUGAAUAUGACAGUGGUAGUAGUAGUAGUAAUAAUAAUAAUAAUAUGGAUAAUGAUAAUCAUAGUGAUAAUGAUAUUUAUUCACGACAACCAAGUAUUAGUACAAUUUCAUUUGCCAAUGAUGUUGAUAGCUAUUAUGGCAGUAGAUCACCAUUAAGAUCUGGUCAUUUUAUUCAAAAUGAUGAAUCAUCAAAUGAUAAUGAUAAUAAUAAUAAUAACAACAGAAUGAUGACAUUAUCGAAUUAUCCAAUUCCAGCGGAUUUGUUUUCAGGUAAAACUAAUGCACAUCAGAAUCAUGGUGAAUCAUCAUUAUCAUCAUCAUCACAGACAUUCAAAGAUGAAAUUGAUCAAUUAUUAAAUCAAUUCUAUGGUCAACAUUCACAUCGAUCAUCAUCAUAAUCAUCGAUUUGAAUGUUUUAGUUUGUUUGCUCAUCCAUUUAUGAGGCCAAUAUUCAUUAUCAUAUUGAACAUGUGUGUGUUUUCAAA